CAAAAGACAACAUGUCAAUGUCACAUCAAGCAUUUCCUUACAUAGCUUUGACACUUAGUAGUCAUCCUUGACCGAAGAUGGUUGAUUGGGUCCUCGGGUAGAGUUUCACCAUGUUCCCAGAGGUUUAAUCCUUUAACAUCGGCGUUUAGCCAUUUUAAAUUUAUUUCAACAUAAUGUAGAUUUAUUUAUAAUCACAACCAUUGUUUGGUUCUGGGGCUAUUUUGCAAGUAUUCAAAUCACUGAUGAUGGACCGAUAGGUUUGAAAACGUUCUGAUGAACUCAUUUUAUUGAAUCCAUUGGGAUUCUAAAAAUUUUUAGUAAAUAUACCUUUUACAUAGAAGUGGUUUUUACUUCAUGUUCCAGUUUGUUUAACUAUAAGGUAUACAGCCAAUCCAGGGAACUACCCCUUUUUAGUUUAUAUAUGACAGUAUGGUCAACUUGGCUCUACAAUACUUGCGAUUAGCCACACAACGGAGCAACAUAAAGCUGGACAUAUGGUUCAUAUCCAGAUGUUUACAUAAUAAAGUCUUCCCAACAUUCUGUAGAGUUAGAACUUCCAAUAAUGUACAUCCCAACAUCAGGAACGCUAUGCAGACUAAACUCAUGAAGAAAGAGAUUUGUAAACAUUAUAGCAAACUGAACUACAUUGACUGUAAGCUAAAGGUAACAUAUGAUUCUCUACUCGAAACUUUACAUUAUAUUAAUCUUAAUACUUUCUUGUCUGACGUUCAGGAUAAGGUAGAUCGUUCACAUUCAGUUAAAUUCAACCGAGUCAAUAAUAAAUUACAACAUUUAGUUAACAAUAAGAUUAGACUUGAUCAACAAAAAGCUUCCCAUAACAAAAGUUUUUCCAAUUUUCGAUUCCAUCCAAGAAUCAAAAAUCUCUCAAAUGUCCAAUUUUCAGAUGACGAAUUAAAACUCUUAAACCUCGGUCUUAAACACUCCAUUCCCACCAAUCUAUCUAUUAGAGAUCUUGAGAGUCUUUCCAUAGAGACCGACACUGUUAUUCAAAAUCUUUCCAUUUCACUUACACAAAAAACAUCAAUCAGAAACUCUUGCAUCCAAACUAUCAACAAAUUCAAAACUAAACUUCUCUCUAAUAACAAUCCUUCUAUUUCCAACAUCAAUUCCUCUUCUACUUCCACGUCAUCUUCAUCUUUUCCCAAUUUUUCAUUUAACAAGUCUAAAUCCCUUCUAUCCACACUCAAAUCUAUUAAAAAUAAAAUCAAAAACCAACACCUCAUUUUUAGUAAAGCAGAUAAGGGUAACUGCCUUGUUAUUUUAGACCAACAACUAUACAUCGACAAAGUCACAUCAUUCCUAAAUAACAAUAAUUUUAAUCUUCUCCCUGUUGAUCCUUCAAAAUCUUUUGUUUCAAAAAUGAAAAACAAUCUUAAACAGUUUACUGAUUUCUUCUCUGAAUAUGAAGCACCUUACACCAAAAUUCCGUCUAAUCCACUCACUCCCAGGUUAUACGGUUUACCAAAGAUACACAAGGUUGACAUUCCCAUUCGUCCCGUUGUCAGUUUCAUCAAUACUCCAGUCUCUAUUUUAUCCAAAUUCAUUCUUAACAUUAUUAAAAAUUUUAUUAACUUCACCCCACAGUUUACUGUUUUGAAUUCUCGCCAAUUAGUUGAAAAACUUCAACUUGUCAAUCUUAAUCCGAAUAUCGUCAUGUUGUCUUUUGAUGUUAGCAAUUUAUUCACUUCAGUCCCAAAAAAUGAAUCGAUUAGUCUGGUCAACUCGCUUCUUUUAAAUAAUUCGGUGACCUCCAAUACCACUUCAUCUAUUAUAAACAUUCUCAAAAUCUGCCUAUCUCAAGAUUACUUUGUCUUCAACAACAACUUUUAUCAACAACCAGAUGGUUUAGCAAUGGGAAGUUGCUUAUCCCCUUUCUUAGCUGAUGUCUUUAUGGAUCAUUUAGAAUCCAAUCAUAUCACAAAAAAUCCAGAGAUAUUACAUUGGUUUCGUUAUGUAGAUGACAUUUUAGUCCUCAUAUCUGGUAACUCCGACUCAGCUCACAACUUACUUCAUAAAAUCAAUCUAAUCCAUCCUAAAAUCACAUUUACCAUGGAACUAGAAUCUUCUAACUCCAUUAACUUCUUGGACAUAUCUAUUACCAGACUAGAUGACCACUUCAACUUUGGUAUCUACCGUAAACCUACACAGACUGAUCACGUUAUCCAUUCCACUUCUAACCAUCCUCUUUCACAUAAACUUUCUGCAUUUCGUAGCUUUAUACAUAGAUUAAACUCUAUUCCUCUAUCUACACCUGAAUUUAACAAAGAACUGAACAUCAUCAAACAAAUUGCAGUUAACAAUGGUUAUGACCCAGACAUCAUCCAUAAACUUCAACAGAAAAGAGAACUUAAGUUACUUCAACAAUCCGCUUUCUCAUCAUCUUCCACAACUACUCCAAUUUAUGCCUCCUUACCGUUUAAUAACUCCAAAUUAUCUGAAAGAGUCAAACAAAUCAUUUCUAAUUCUUGUGAUAACAUCAAAAUCUCAUUUAAAGUCAAUAACACCCUCAAUAAAAGCUUAACUAACACCAAAGACCCUAUCCAUUACAUGAGCCGUAGUGGGGUAUACAGACUCUCUUGUUCAGACUGCGAUGCUACCUACAUUGGUAGAACUUAUAGAUCUCUUUCCACCCGAUCGGCAGAACACAGUAAGAGAGAUACCACUUCAGCUUUUUCACACCAUUUAAAGGUCAAUAAACACGAACUUAAGAUUCCUGAUGGGGUCCAGUUGAUACACAACAUUCAACAAAAAAAUACACUCCGUUUAGACUUAUACGAGGAUUUGGAAAUUGUCAAAGACCUAAAGAAAAGUCCCAAUUGUGUUAACCGACAAACAUCCCUUAACCGCAAUUUUGUCCCCAUUCACCGUCAAUUAUUUUCAUAAUUCCUAUUACUUUGUUAUACCUUCCCUUUUCCUAUCCUAUCUGCUAUCUUCUUCAUCCUAUUUACCCACUGUCAACUAUCUUCUUCGUUCCCUUAUUGGCUCCAAACUCCUUACACAUACUAAUCAUUACUAACCACAUGAACUCCUCUUAAUCAAAACCUAAUUAAUUUACCAUACCCUCUUUUCACACUUCUUUCAUUUCUUUUCUUCAUUCAGUUCAACCCUCAUACCCAACUCUCCAAUCUUUCUCUUUCACUCAUUUCACCUAUGCUUUGACCCUACUUCACACUCCUUUGCUUUUUGUCUUUGACCUUUUCCAAAUAUAUUUUUUAUCUUCACAUCUAACAUUUCAUCACUUUAUUUCAUUUAUCACAGUUAAACUCAGUCAUUCUUUAAUCAAAUUAUAACAAUAUUCAUUCUCUUAAUUUUGUUUUAUUAAUUCUAUUUCAUUCAUUACACCUAUUGUUUUCUAUACUAAUUAAAUUUUAGUUUGUAUCAACUGGGCAACCUGUUUUCCUACAAUUAUUUAUUAUCAAUUUUACAUAUUCACCAGUUUGUCACAAGAAUUUUCUCAAUUUCAUUAAAACUGUUCCAUAAUAAUUGCAUUCCUGAAUCACAUUUUCUACUAUCAGAUUGACUUUAUCCUAACUCCAAUCUAUAUAAAAAUUUUUUAAUUUUCACCUACAUCCAAACAAUAAUUUCCCUACUACCUAUACAACCACCAAUACACAUGAUGUGGACAUAUAAAUUUCUUGAUAUAAUAAUAUCCCUUUUCAAAAUUUAAAACUUCUUCUAUAACACCACUUAUUUAAUUUUAUUUCUGUUAUUACUACUAAUCAGCUCACUUUAUCAUAUUGUAAUUUUUUGAUCAGGUUAAUUUUAUUUGAUACAGUCAAUUUGUAGUUACCUACAGUUAAAAUAAUUUUAUUUUGUAAAACACAUUAUCUUUUAAUUUUAAACAACAAUAGAUUUAAUUAACAGACAAUUUCAGAUAUUAAAAGCUUUAACAUAUCUUCUUCUGGAUCAUGACUUUGUUUUUAAAAUUCCUAGAAAAUUCGACUACCUUCUUCCUUUACUGUCAAUGUCACAUCAAGCAUUUCCUUACAUAGCUUUGACACUUAGUAGUCAUCCUUGACCGAAGAUGGUUGAUUGGGUCCUCGGGUAGAGUUUCACCAUGUUCCCAGAGGUUUAAUCCUUUAACAUCGGCGUUUAGCCAUUUUAAAUUUAUUUCAACAUAAUGUAGAUUUAUUUAUAAUCACAACCAUUGUUUGGUUCUGGGGCUAUUUUGCAAGUAUUCAAGUAAGUAAUCAUAACCACAUUUUUUAACUUUCACAAUUUCAACCAUCUUUUUAAUUUUAAUAGUGGGAUUACUUAUUUGAUUUUAGAUCACUGAUGAUGGACCGAUAGGUUUGAAAACGUUCUGAUGAACUCAUUUUAUUGAAUCCAUUGGGAUUCUAAAAAUUUUUAGUAAAUAUACCUUUUACAUAGAAGUGGUUUUUACUUCAUGUUCCAGUUUGUUUAACUAUAAGGUAUACAGCCAAUCCAGGGAACUACCCCUUUUUAGUAAAAGAGUAAAAGUAAAGGAAUCUUUUAUUUUGACAAAUGACAUUACAUAUUUUUAUUUUUGUUAAUUUGUACAAAAUAACUUCUAAAAUGUGCUAAAAUUCUAUUUGUUACCUGUAAUAUAGAUAAAAAGUAAAAUAAGUUCAUGGAAAAGAGUAAAACGUUGAAUUUAAUUAAUUCAGAAAUACUCUAUUUUAGUUGUUAAAUACUUUUGCAUAUUAUGGGUAUAAAAAAUGAAGAAUUUAUGGACAAUGGAUUGUUAGGGAAUAUCCAGUUCCAGUUCUCAACUACCUAGUGAAACGACACCAUUGCAGAAUCUUCAGACAGCAGUUAAAGUGCUGUUUAAUCAAUCAUAAAUUAUUGCUUCAAUUGUUAUUGAAAGAAGGUUUGGUAUUUUAAAGAGAUUUUUCAUAUUAAUAUGUGAAAUGAGAUGCAAUGCAAGAUACCUUUUGUUAAAAUAGUAUCAGCUUUACAAAUAUUGCAGUUGUUUAGAGAAAACAUUGAAAUACUGGCAACUGAGCCUGCGGUUAUUUAAUCCAACAAGCUAUGGCAGUUCCUACAUUUUAUACAUUUUUAACCAGGAGAAAAUCUAGUGCAACUUUUUGGGCAGUGUGUGUUUGUUUGUUUUAAAAUGUUGCCAUUUAAGGCAAAUACAGUAAAACCUCCGUUAACCAAAACAUCGGUAAACCGAAAUGGCUGACAGUUUCAAUAAUUUUGUCAAUAAAAAGUAUAUUAAACAAAAAGCAAUAAAAUUAAGGAAAAUGAACAUGUUGAGUGUUUUUUUUAAAGAAAUCUAUAUAUUCUUUUGUGUUUCUCUUUGACAAUGAUAAUGUUUUGUAGCUUUAUCUCUCCAAUACUAUGUAAUUUGAUAAAUUAAUAGUACAAAAAACAAUGUCAUUUUUAACUGAAACUCUUUAUCCAAAACAGACUACCCACCCCCACCCCCUAAUUAUUUCGGUUAACGGAGGUUUUACUGUAAAUGGUUAAUGUUGAUAAUAUAUUCUUUUUCUUGGACUGCAGUUUGUUAAUAAAUUUAUAAAUACAUACAUGA